AUGGUGCCUAGAAAAAGGAAUUUGAAUCAACAGAAGCAUCAUUUCAAUGAUGAUUAUCCAUUUGAAGCAGUAUCGAAUGGCUCAUGGCAACCGGUAGAAGUCAUAAAAAUUGAGUCCGGAAAAACAUCCAUACAAUUCAUGGAUACCGAACAAUUUCAGAGCCCUAUAUCAUCAAACAUCCGAAUCAAAUCAAGAAAAGCAACUGCAUAUGAUUGCUCGCGCUUUUUAAGACGUGGUAUCGACAUAACAAUGCUAUUGGGGUAUUGUCACCAUGAUAAUCCAAAUCAAUUUGGUCCUAUUCCAAUGUGGAUGGAUGCAAGAAUAACUUCUAUUCAAAGACAACCUCACGAACGUGACCAAUGUUCGUGUAAAUUUUAUGUUAACUUGUAUGAUGAUCAAGGUUCACUUGGUUCAGAGUUAAAGACUCUUGAUAGAGAGGUUAAUGUCAUUGGAAUAGAUCAGAUUUUCAUCCUUCAAAGGCUGCAGCAUAAUAUCUGUGAAAGCUUGUUAAAAAAGAAUGACAGUUCUGAAAAAAUUAAGCCUUAUAGAUGGGACUCAUCACUAGAUUGUACUUCCCUAUCCCAAUCUAGGUUACUCUUAGGGAAAUUUUCAUCUGAUCUUUCAUGGUUAGUCACAACAUCUUUUUUAAAGAAGGUUUUGUUUCGGAUAAGGUCCGCACAAAACAAGAUAGUGUAUCAAGUUGAUACUGAAAUUGUUAGUCCUUUUGUAAUAGAUGUUGUGAACUUCAAAUCAAAAGACGGAUCAUUAGUACCGCUUGUUUUUGAAUUUGAUCUGUUUCAUGAUUAUGAUGGUAACCAAGAUGAAACGUCAUCAGUUUUGUCUAAUGAACUGGAAGAUUUACGACGUUCAAAACGUCGGAUUGUACAACCCAAACGUUAUGUAGAUUCUGAUGUUGAGAAGUUGGAAGUUGGUAGUUCUAGAACUCGGCCGUACAAAAGAUCAAGAUAUGUGAUCGAGGAUGACAUCUAUUCUUCAUAUUCAGAAGACGAAGUUGGUGAUAAAGUUUCGUUGGGGGAGUAUUAUAGUUUUGGCAAAGAGAUGCUUAGGAGGAGGCGAUUCCAUGAUUCAGAUGGUAUGGAUUUGGAAGGAAAAUGGGAAGGGAUAAAUUUCCAAAAAAGAGCUCCAACAACAAGACACCGUUCCAUUUUUACGAGCACAAAUCUUGUUCGUGAAGAACAAGAUCAUAAAGUCGGUAGGUCUUUAAAUUCUGAUGCCUGCAUGGAAAUGGUAGAUACCUACAUGAAGGACUUGGAUGGUCUACCAACUGUUGAUGAAGAAACAACCGAGUUGGAGCAUAAGGCGGAAGAAAAUGUAUCCAAAAGCAAUGAUGAGGAGGAAGAAAAUCUUGAUGAUUUGUGGGCUGAAUUGGAUACGGCUUUGAUAUCAAGUAAUCUUCUUGAUGGAACUGAGGGUUCAAAUGCUGAGGUUUUAGCCGAGUCUGAGAAAGAAUCCACAGAAAUUUGUGAACAUGAUUAUAUAAUGGAUGAACAAAUUGGAAUAUACUGCCAUCGAUGCGGCUUUGUGAAAACUGAGAUACGACACAUUUCUGAACAUGUUGUAACUCCAAUUGAAAGUCCAAGACGGUACAGAGAGGAGAAACAAUGCAUUGAAGAAGAUAAGGAAAAUCAUAAAUCAGUGGAAAAAGUUGAUGAAGAUGUUCAUGAUGGUUUGUUCUCAACUGAUGCUACUGAUCCUGAUGAACCAAUAUCUAAAGAAAAUGACAGUGUUUGGGAAUUGAUUCCAGAACUCAAAGAAAAAAUGCACGAACACCAGAAAAAGGCUUUUGAAUUUCUUUGGCAAAACAUUGCUGGCUCUUUGGAACCAUCACUCAUGAAAGAAAAAUCGAAAACAAAUGGUGGUUGUGUUAUAUCACAUGCUCCUGGAGCUGGAAAAACCUUUCUCAUCAUUUCUUUUCUUGCAAGUUACUUGAAGUUAUAUCCAGGGAAGAGACCAUUAGUCCUUGCUCCAAAAACCGCGUUGUACACGUGGUGCAAAGAGUUCAAAAAAUGGAAUGUUUCUGUACCGGUGUAUCUUAUCCACGGUCGUCGAACUAGGAAAGCUUCGACCACAUCAAAAUCAGUGGCUCUUCCUGGAGUUCCAAGACCUUCUAGUGAAGUGCAACAUGUUUUAGAUUGUCUUAGCAAGAUCAAAAAAUGGAAUUCACACCCUAGUGUUCUUGUCAUGGGUUAUACUUCAUUUUUAGCAUUAAUGAGAUCAGAAGAUUCAAAAUUUGCACACAGAAAAUAUAUGGUUAAGGCAUUGAAAGAAAGCCCUGGAAUCUUGAUACUUGAUGAAGGACACAAUCCUAGAAGCACUAAAUCAAGAUUGAGAAAAUGUUUGAUGAAACUUCCAACAGAAUUGAGAAUACUACUUUCUGGCACGUUGUUUCAGAACAAUUUCGGUGAAUAUUUCAACACACUUUGUUUAGCUAGACCGAAAUUUGUCCACGAAGUUCUACAAGAGUUGGAUUCUAAAUACCGAAGGAGAGGCAAAGUAGUGAAGAAAGAGCCGCAUUUGCUUGUGGCGCGGGCGAGGAAAUUCUUCUUGGACAACAUUGCAAAGAAAAUUAACUCAGACAUUGAUGAGGAGAAGAUGCAUGGUCUACAUGUGCUGAGAAAAAUUACUUCUGGUUUUAUUGAUGUUUACGACGGUGGAAAUUCUUCUGAUACUCUUCCUGGUUUACAAAUCUAUUCAUUGCUCAUUAAUACGUUCGAUGAACAACAUGAGAUUGUACAGAAACUUGAGAAGAAAAUGGCUGAAUGCACUGGUUACCCUCUUGAGGUUGAGCUUUUGAUAACGCUCGCAUCGAUACAUCCCUGGUUGAUCAAAACAGCAGCAGCAUGUGCAGCUAAGUUUUUCACCGAGGAAGAAUUGGAGAGACUAGAAUCAUUGAAGUUUGAUUUGAGAAAAGGUUCCAAAGUGAGAUUUGUUCUGAGCCUAGUUUACCGCGUAGUGAAAAAGGAAAAGGUUCUUAUCUUUUGUCACAACCUUGCACCAGUGAGGUUUUUUAUAGAGUUAUUUGAAAAGUAUUUUCAGUGGCAAAAUGGUAAAGAGAUUCUGUUACUAACUGGUGAACUAGAUUUAUUUGAAAGAGGUAAAGUGAUAGAUAAAUUUGAAGAUCCACGCGGCAGUUCGAAGAUACUUCUUGCUUCAAUCAAUGCUUGUGCCGAAGGGAUUAGUUUAACAGCAGCUUCUAGAGUGAUUUUUUUGGAUUCUGAGUGGAAUCCUUCAAAAACAAAGCAAGCUAUUGCGCGCGCUUUUCGUCCAGGUCAGCAGAAAAUGGUUUAUGUGUAUCAGUUAUUGACGACGGGGUCGAUGGAGGAAGAUAAGCAUAGAAGAACUAGUUGGAAAGAGUGGGUUUCUUGCAUGAUUUUCAGUGAGGAAUUUGUGGAAGAUCCUUCUAAAUGGCAAGCUCAGAAGAUUGAAGAUGAUAUACUUAGGGAGAUGGUUGAAGAGGAUAAAUCUAAAGCUAUUCAUAUGAUUUUGAAGAAUGAAAAGGCUUCAACAAGCUAA